AUGUACAACAGCACACCACAUUCUGUUACGGGAAGAACCCCAUCAGAACUUUUCUUCAAAAGGAAGUUUAGAGAUAAAUUACCUAUGGUAAACGAUACAAUGGAGAGGACAGUACAAGACACAGAGGUUAAGGAUAGAGAUCAAGAAAGAAAGCAAAUAGGAAAAGAAAAGGGAGACAUGAAACGGAAGGCUGAAGAGUGUGAUUUAAUACCAGGAGACAAAGUGUAUAUAAAAAAUGUGAAUAAAGAAAAUAAAUUAAGCUUAGACUACAAUCCAGAAACACACACAGUGGAAAACACGAAAGGAGGAGAUAUCAAGGUAAGAAGCGAUGAAACCGGUCAAAUUCGAAGAAGGAACGUUGUACAUUUGAAAAGAGUUCAAGGGGAAUGGAGUGUCUGCCAAGAUCAAAAUGAAAUUAACGACGAGGAAAUGAAUGUCGGAACUUAA